AUGACAGUCGGCAGUGGUGUGAUGACCGAGCCGUUGCCCCAGCAAGUUCUCAACGAGAUGGCGGCACUGACCAAGGAGCUUGGAUUCACAACAGCCCACCCCACGAAGCACACGUUUGGGUCGUCCUGGUAUGGGCCGACAGAAGAUAUUCAAACUUGCGGGAAGGUUGCGCUAGGCGUGAUGCAGCAUGUGAUGACGGGAAAACGAAUCGGUUCAGCUAAAAAAUUUUACGAUGCCUCGUCGUUUCUGCCAGAGAUAGCCUCGACCGUGGCGUUGCCGAAAUGCACGCAGCUCGUUGGUGGCGUCGACUUCCAGCCAUCGAUGCUCGACGCGCCCGCUUUCACACUGGAUUCCGCGUCCGGCCAUGCCAUCUUGCUGCCGCCGACGGAACUUGCAGCCGUUGUCUACGAGCCGUCCAACUCUUCCAUUCCCAUGGACUCAACGUUAGGGUUUGCGCUCGGUAUUGCCCGAAGAGCCAUGGCUCCGUCGCAGGUGUUUCAGAACGAAUUGACGACAGGCGUCAACCAGUCGUUUGUUCGCGCGAUUGUUGUGUACUUUCCGUUUGUGUCGUACCACACAGGCCAAGCUGAGCUCCGAUGGCUCCACCGAAGCUGGCACCAAAUGCUCCGCCAUCAACCUCUCCAGUGGCGCACCGACUUAAUUGUGUUUUCAGACCAUUCGUCGCCUUUGUUUGACCAGUUGUUGUGCAACUCGUCUUUUCGCCAGUCCGUUGACGAGCCCGACCGCUGCAUCGUCAUUGAUUCGUACCGCCCUCCAGCCCAUCACUCGAGCAACGUCGGCAUCCUGGAUGUCCUAGCCAUGAAGCAUCCUGCCUUGUCCUCAUAUGACUGGAUCUUGCGCUCCGACGUGGGUGCCAUUAUCACGCCCCGGUUUGCCACGUGGAGACCAACCGCGUUUAGCGUGAGCAGCCCCAAUGAACCGUAUUGUGUGCCCAACACCCCCAUCUGUCCACGAUUAAAGCGCAUUGCCAAGGACAUGGCGCUGACGGCGCCUGUGAAGCGGGAGGCGUUCGGAUCAACGUGGUUCGGCAACUACGACAACAUGCGGCUCGAAGACUUGGACGUUGCCAAAGUGAAUGACUAUGCGACGUACAUGGCGCUCAAGUCGAGCCGACAGUACACAAACACCAACACGAUGCCCCAGGCGUUUGAUAACGGUCUGGACGAGUCGUUCGUGCGGGCAGCGGUCAUGUACGUCCCGCAGACCGGCGAAGCGGGAUGUCGGUGGUUCCACUGGAGCUGGAGGGCGAUGGCGGUCAAGGAGCCCCAGCUCUGGCGCACUGACCUGGUCGUGUUUGCAACACAAGAGUGGCCAUUCUUGCGAGAACUCAACUGCACGUCGGUUCCUCGGCGGUCGCGAGCAGAACCGAACCGGUGCAUUGUCGUCGGUUCGUACAAGAGUGUUGCGACAACAGAGUUUGACUUUGAGCGGGCCGACGACACCAACAUCCUUGCGACCACCAUGAAAGGAGUCCUGGAUUCGUACGACUGGCUUCUCAAGACCGAUAUCGAGACGAUCGUGACGCCAGCGUUUGCCACGUGGAAGCCAGAUACGUUCACGUUUGGGUCGUCCGGACCGUACUCGUUCCAAGGCGAGCCGACGUCGACGCGCCUCCAGUCCAUCGGUGCAUCCUUGAACUUGAGUUCGCCGACAGUGAACGACGUCGGUGCGUCGUGGUACGGCCCCGCGUCGGUGGUGCGGUCGUGCGCGUCACUGUCGGUUCGAUUGAUGCAUCACUUGCACAAGUACGAGUUUUCGGCCAUGGAGCGGUCUCGAGAGUACUACCAAGUCCAGGCGGCAGGUUGGCCGCGCUGGCACUACGGCGUCCUGCACAUGUAUGCGAGUCACUUGGCCAUCCCGCACUGCACAAACGACACGGGCGGAUUCGCCAAGAACAACGACAUGAUGGACUUUUCGACCGAACUCAAGGGGGAAAUCACCGACCACCCCCACCUGCGCGCGGCCCAAGGAACCCAACGGUUUAGCUGGCGGGAGUUCGCCGCUGGUCAGUACGAUAGCGUUGAUAUCCAUACGCUGCAGGCCGCGCAAGUGGCCGACUACGCUCUGCUCUUGGCUCUCGAGUCCAAACGGAGCGCCGGCGCAACUCCCCUGGCGUUUGACAACGCUCCAAGUUCGUCAAGGAAAUGCUGUGGUUCCACAAAACGUGGCUCGACAUGA